ACAUCCGCGAAACCCUAGCCCCUAUAUAACAUCUCUAUCGUGACUCCACCUCGAGCCCUACCCGCAACUGCGCCGCCGCCGCCGCCCGCUGCCGCCCCGCGCCUCGUCGCAGCAGCCGCCUUCGUCCCGUCGACGCGAUGACGAAGCGCACCAAGAAGGCCGGAAUUGUCGGCAAAUAUGGAACUAGGUAUGGUGCUAGCUUGCGUAAGCAAAUCAAGAAGAUGGAGGUGUCUCAGCACUCCAAGUACUUCUGUGAGUUCUGUGGAAAGUUUGCCGUGAAGAGGAAAGCAGUUGGAAUUUGGGGAUGCAAGGACUGCGGAAAGGUCAAGGCUGGUGGUGCUUACACCAUGAACACUGCUAGUGCAGUCACUGUCAGGAGCACGAUCCGGCGCUUGAGGGAGCAGACUGAAGCAUGAUCGGAGCUGAGCUCCUCUGCAGUAGUCCUGGGCUUUUUGUAGUGUCUAAGACUUUAAUUGCUAUAUGGCUGUUUGGCCUAAGAACAUCCUUCAAUAUUCUGGUUAUGCUUAAGGAUCUCUAAAGUUAUGGUGCUAAAAUUUGUACUUGGUUGCCGUUGCAAAGUUGACCUGUCUUGAUCAUAUGCUUCCAUUCAUGAUGUCGAA